AUGAUUUGUUGGCAUAGGCAACGUUUCAGCCAGGUCUAACGGCGUACACAGUCUCGGAAUAAAGAAAUCGAAAGGAACGGCUGUAAAAGAAGCAGAAGAAGUGGAGAUGCUGUAGUUGACACUGUUGUUUAUUGUUAGUAUUCAGCUGAGGACCUCUGAACCCUUGUUAUCUUCCAUUCCACUCACCAUAGAGGGAGGAGCGAGUACAGACUGCAAACAGAAUGACCAGCUCAUCUGCUCCCAGAAUGGUGAAUAGUUAUAAGAGGACUUCAAGCCCCCGAUCCCCAACUAACAGUGGGGAGCCUUUCACUCCAGCACAUGAGGAGAAUGUGCGCUUUAUACAUGACACCUGGCAGUGUGUGCUAAGAGACAUCAGAUCAACACAAAAUAUUGAACGCAACGACCGCGGACCACAAGAGUAUGUGGAGAAGAACCCAAAUCCAAACCUACAUUCUUUCACACCAGUGGACCUGAGUGACCUCAAGAAACGCAACACACAAGACUCCAAGAAGUCCUAGUCCUCUCUUGACUGUCUGGUCACCUUUUUUUUUUUUCUCCAUCCAUUAUCCUCGAGAACUUUUCCUCCAUCAGCCAGAAAGUCGGCCCUGUCGGCCAGUCAAGCACAGAAUGCCAAUUUUGUUUCUUAACUCUGGACCAUAGCAACCCCCUCCUCUUCUUUACCCUCUACAGCCGAUCUAGAAGAAAAGAAGUGGGACCCCAGGGAGCAGAGAAAUGUCCCAGCCUCCUGGUUCAUGUUUUUCAAGUUACAAAAUUGUCAUAUUGUUUAUGUGGACCGGACUGAUGCAAACUUUCAUCAAUAUUUGCUGACAUCUGAUGCUAGGAUACAACUUGACACUUUCCACAGGACACGGAAGACUGCAGUCUUAAGUACAAGCCCCUGUUUUCUUUACUACUCCUACUUAUAUGACAUUGGAGGAAAAUGCAAAUGGCUGACUUCUCUCUCUUUUUUUUUUUUUUAAGGUAGUUUGACCAGUAAAUAGUAGACGUAAUGGGAUUGUUACAUUGGAUUCACACUUUAUCUGCAAGUUUUGGCAGCCAAAUGCAAUGUAAAAGGCCAACCUUUUUAUUAUAAAUUUUCUUCCCCUAAAAUGGACUUUACUUUGUAGAGACCUCCCCGAGUAUGCUGCCCUGGGUUAACCCCCUCCCCUUAGCCUUGAAACAAAAAUGUUGAAUAAAAGACUUUUACAGUA